AUGGAGGAGAGGUCUGAACUUUCGGCUCAACACGGCCAACCAACUGCCACGCCAAGCAACCACACCGCAGCGUUGCCACAGUAUACUCUACAAGCAGAACUACAUCUACCGCCACAGAAGAACGAGGGCAUUCUACCAGCGGUCACUUCCGUGAAGUUCAGUCCUGACGGGAAGUAUCUGGCUACUGCUU